CAUACAUAUAUCAUCAUCUAACACAGCAUGUAGCUUUCUUCUUCAACAAAUCUCCAUCAUCUCUCAAGCACAAUGUCCGACGUAGAACGCGAAUCACCGCCGACCGUAACUUCGUCACGCAAGCCCCCACGCACCCUCGCCUGCGUACUAUGCCAACAACGCAAAGUAAAAUGCGAUCGUAAAUUUCCAUGCAACACCUGUAUCAAGACGGGCGUACAAUGCAUGCCAGUCGCAGCACCACGGCAGCGACGACGAAGGUUCCCAGAGGGAGAAUUGUUGCAACGGGUUCGGCAUCUGGAGGAUCUGCUUCGUCAGAACAAUAUAGAAUUUGAGCCUUUGCAUGCGACUGCCUCCGAGAAAAACGCUCCAGAUGGUGGGAAACAGAAUGAGGGAAGCGAAGGUGCGAGUCCGGAAGUGAAGACGGAAACUACGUUUGAAGCCAAAAACCUAUGGCACGCCAUGAGUCAAAAAGUACAACCGAACCGCGGUCUCUCAUUGAUGGAAAAAGUGCUGAUCGCGGAUGACCAGCAAACAAAUGCUUACAAUGAUUACGAAGAUGAUGAAGAUAACGACGAUGAUGAAGACCUUCGAGACGUCGCUGGAAAAAAGACGUGGGAUCAAAUGUAUAAGAAUAGCACCGACUAUUUGCUAUUCGGGUCACGUAUUAUGGACAUUGAUCUGUCAACUUUACACCCAGAUCAUGUCCAAAUCUUCAAGUUCUGGCAGAUCUAUCUGGAGAAUGUCAAUCCUCUGCUCAAGGUCACACAUACGCCUACGCUUCAAGUUCGACUUAUCAACGCUACCGCUGAUUUGAAGAACGUGGAGCCUAAUCUGGAGGCACUGAUGUUUAGUGUGUAUUGUGUGGCCGUCAUGAGUGUUCAGGAUGAAGAUUGUCUGGAGACAUUUGGAUUUGCGAAGGAAGAACUCCUGCAGAGGUACAGAUUUGGCUGCCAGCAAGCUUUGCUGAAGUGCGGCUUCCUACAGUCUGAUGAUCGUGACUGCUUGACAGCGCUGUUCCUGUAUCUGGUUGCCGUAAGACCCGAUUCAGACCCUCGUUCUCUGUCAUCGCUUCUUGGACUUGCGAUACGCAUGGCGCAACGUAUGGGAAUGGACAAUGAAUCAUCGAACGCCAAACACGGUCCUCUCGAGGGCGAGAUGCGUCGCAGAUUAUGGUGGGCUCUCCUACUGUUCGACAACCGUGUCUGCGAAAUGAGUGACUACAGAGCUGCAACUCUAUCUCCAGCCUGGAACUGCAAGACACCUGCAAACUUGAACGAUUUCGACCUUCAACCAGAGAUGAAGCAUCUUCCACAAAGCCACGAAAGACCUACAGAAACAACCUUAGCCAUCCUACGUUAUCAAGUCGCCGAUCUCGUGCGCCACAGCCCGUUCUUCCUAGACUUUACAAAUCCAUCGCUCAAGUCAAUCGCCAAUCCCAACGAUCACGGCGGCACUUUAGAAGCUCUACAGCAAAAGAUCGAAGAAACCUGCCUCCAAUACUGCAACACGGAGAACCCACUCCAAUUCAUGACCCUCUGGCUAACCCGCGGCCACCUCGCCCGCUACCGCCUCUUCCAACACUUCUCCAUCCCACCCUCCCAACAAACUCCCCUCCAACGCGACUCGGCUUUGACUCAAGCCCUCACAAUGCUCGACUGCGACACCAUCAUCACGACUUCUCCUCUGACGAAAAAACACAUCUGGUUCCUAUUCUUCCACUUCCCCUUUCCCGCAUACAUCCAUAUCCUCCAAUACUUGAAGCGCGAACCACUCGCUGCACAUGCGGAAAAAUGCUGGCGCACGAUGAGUGAAAGCUGUAAAGUGCGUUUCUCCGACCCUCAGCAAAAUGACCAUCCAUUCCACAAAACGCCCAUCUUCAAAGUUUUUGCGAGAAUCAUCGUUAAAGCUUGGGAAGCUAGAGUUGGUGUGUUGAAAACAUCAGGAAAAGUGGAGGAAACACCAUUCAUUGUUUCAGAAGUUACGAGGAUGGUAGAGGUGCCUGGCAAAUAUGAGAGGGCUGAGGUUGGGAUGAGUAGUGGACAAGCAUCUUCUGACACCUUUGGGAGUGAGGAUUUGAUGCCCUUUCCUGUCAUGGGCAUGACGCCGAGGUUUAAUGGGUUUGAGGUGCAAGAGGGGUUUGAUUUUGGAGAAGGAGGAGGUAAUGAUGAAGGGAUGACAGGGAAUGGGAUGAUGGAUGUGGAUAUGGGUGCGCUUGAUUUGAGUGCAGUGGAUUGGUCCUCGUUGAAUAUUCAGGGAUUGUGAGAUUGCUCGGGGAGGAUGGUAUAAGAGUGUGUAUGAGAUAAUAGCAUAAAGUAUACGGUCUCUUCACGCGCAUGCGUACGAGUACACUGGUACUCAGACUAGUAUUAUCGAGCUCCU